AUGUCAAAGAGUCAACAGGAUGAAGAGAAAGUCAUUACUACGAUUGAACCGAAUGAAUUUGAAACCAUCCCAACGCCCGUGAUUUCAAGCGAAUCGGCAAAGUCAACUACAAGUAAUGGGUUACAUUUGCUUGACGACCCAGCGAAUUUCCCAUCGGGGUUCCACACAAAGGCAGUAAUGACGGUGAUUGGAUCCUUUUUAGGACUAACAGGUGCCCUUGGGUUUGUUAAUGCUGCCGGGGUUAUACAGUCAUAUGUGUCGCAGAACAGCUUGCAAGAUGAACCUCAGACAGCUGUUAGUUGGAUAUUCUCAUUGUACAACUUUUUCGCCUUUGGGGGCUUGUUGGUGUCGGGUCCAGUGUUUGAUAAGUAUGGAUGCAAGAUACCAGUGAUGUGUGGUGGAAUAGUGAUGUUCUUAGGGCUUCUUGCUACUAGUUUCUGCCAUAAAGUGUGGCAUUUCAUUUUGGCGUAUGGGUUUCUUGCUGGAAUGGGAGCUGCAUUUACAUUUGGACCUUUCAUCGGGGUCAUUAGUCAUUGGUACUGCACUAAAAGAGCAAUUGCAUUGGGAAUUGCCUAUAGUGGAGGAGGACUAGGCGGAGUAAUAUUUCCCUUGCUUUUCAGAUCACUAUUUCCUAAAAUCGGGUUUGGCUGGUCCAUACGAGUGGGUGCUUUUUUGUCCCUUUUUCUUUUGGCUGUGGGCUGGUUGAUGGUAACGGACAGAAAGGAGGAAUUUAGUGAGGUUGGGGAUGCUGGAGUGUUGAAAGAGGUGCUCAACUCGAUCGAUUUCAAGAUUGUCUACAAGAAUCCAUUGUUUGGUGUCAUUGUAACUGGUUUGCUAUUCAAUGGGUUGGCGUUUUUGAUUUCCAUGGUUGAGUUACCUCUUUAUGCUACAAACAGAGGCUUUGCCGAUGGGGAUGCGUAUUUGUUGGUGGUGGUUUUCAAUGCAUUCAGUAUACCUGGACGUAUCGUGCCGAGUAUUUUAGCUGACAAGUGGUUGGGCCGGUUCAACACUUUUUGCUUGAUAAAUUGUUUUUCGUUGCUUAUAUUCUGUGUUAUUUGGGUUCCCUUUGGCCAUCAUUUGACUGCAUUGUAUGUAUUUUCUGGUUGCUUUGGGUUUUCCAGUGGAUCGGUGCUUAGUCUUUCAGCAAGUUUGGUGGCUUCCAUUGUCAAGACCGCCGAUGUUGGAAAGGGCUUGGGUACAGCUUUCUUUGUAUUGUCGUUUGGUGAUUUAAUUGGUUUGCCCAUUGGAAGUGCCAUAACCAAUGGCACACAUGCUAGUUUUGAUCAUUUGGUUUACUUCUUGACCUGUUGUGCAUUUAUUGGUGCUUGUGUUAGUUUUGUUUCGCGGUAUAUGUAUGGCGGAGCCAAUUUCAAGAGAAUGUAA